AUGGCCAGGGUUCCGCCGCACCUGUCCUCCACCCGCCCGGAUGAACUGGACUCUGAGGCCACCAGCAGCUUCUCCGGGGAGUGGAAAGAUGCACCCCCUCCCGAGAUCCACAUCGCGUACAAGGUCCUGGAGCUCUUCCCCCGAGGCCGCCGUGUCCUCAUCUCCUGCCAUGCCCCCCAGGGGCACCCGCCCCUCAACUACUCCCUCUGGGGGAGCGGCGGCAUCGAGGUGGCCAGGAAGCUGGUAGUGACCCGGGCACCGGCCUCCUUCUCCGUCAACAUCACACUCAAGUCCAGGCCAGACCUGCUCACCUACUCCUGCCAGCUGGCCGGACCCGGGCGUGUGCACGCCACCAGCACAGAGCUGCAGAUGUACUGGGAGCUGUGGACCAAGCCGGUGUCCCAGCUCCGGGCCGACUUCACUCUGCAGGACGGCGGGGCAGGUGCACAGGUGCUGGUGUCCUGCCAGGCGUCCACGGGCAGCCCCCCCAUCACCUACAGCCUGGUCGGGAAGGACGGGCGUGUCCACCUGCAGCAGGCGCCUAGCCACGGGCAGCCAGCACGCUUCUCCCUGCCCAUGACGCAGACGCCAAACUGGUUCCAGUGCCGGGCUGAGAACGGUGUCAGCGCGGACUCCAGCCCCCUCACGCUGGUGCCCCCAGGGCUGCUGCCCCAGGUGCCCACUGCGGUGCUGGCCGGCAGCCUCAUCUCCAUCGCUGCCGUGACUUCUGGGAUGCUGGGCUGGGCCUGGAGGACCAGGUAG